AUGUCAAAGCCUCUCCACGAAUCAGGUCAUCAACACGACCUCCGGACUGUGCCGUCUCAGCCGAGCAUCGUCUGUGAUGACUCCCAAGUCCAGCACGAUGCUGUGUUCGGCGAGAUUGGUGAGGGAGGGCCCGAUUACCGCAAUGUGGGUUGGCUCGGUACGAUCGCACUCAUGAUGAAGACCCAGAUUGGUCUGGGAGUUCUUGCCAUUCCAGCUUCAUUCGAUCAGUUAGGCCUGAUCCCUGGUGUUAUAUGCUUGUGUGCUAUCGCCGUUCUGACUGGAUGGGCUGCUCAUGUCAUCGGAACAUUUAAGCAUCGUCAUCGUGAGGUUUACGGCCUUGACGAUGCAGCCAAGUUGAUUUUUGGGCGAAUCGGAUAUGAAGUCUUCAGCGUUAUCUUUUGCAUUUACUGGAUCUUUAUUGCUGGGUCUGGCAUGCUCGGAAUAUCGAUUGGCCUCAAUGCUGUGUCUUCGCAUGCAACAUGCACUGCCGCCUUCGUAACUGCCGCCGCUAUCGUGCCUUUCGGCUUGGGUAGUAUCCGGACACUCGGACGGAUGAGCUGGCUGGCGUGGAUUGGAUUGGCCUCUAUCUUGAUUUCGGUCUUAACCGUCACCAUUGCGGUCGGAGUCCAGGAUAGACCCGCUACGGCACCAAAAGAUACUCCUUGGGUUUCCGACUUUAAGCUGGUCAAAAACCCCUCCUUCACCGACGCGAUCUCAGCCGUGUCUGGAUUCGUGUAUGCGUACGGAGGCAUACCGGCCUUCUUCUCUAUAGCAGCGGAAAUGCGGGACAGCCGGCACUACGCUCGAUCUCUGAUUAUCAGCCAAACCGCUAUAACCGUCAUCUACGUCGUUAUCGGUUGUGUGGUCUACUACUAUUGCGGGUCAUACGUUGCGUCGCCUGCCCUGGGGAGUGCUGGCGGGACUUUGAAGAAGAUCCCGGGAAAGUACAUGCUCGUUCGCUUUCUUCGUGGCUCAAAACAUUUGGCUGCGAAUACUCCUACACAUUGGAUGACUUGGCUUGGUUGCACGUUCACCAUCAGCCUGUCGGCAUACAUUGUUGCCAGCGCCAUCCCCAUCUUCGGCACACUUACCUCCUUGAUUGGAUCUCUCUUUGGCAGUCUCAUGUCGUUUCAGUUUAUGGGCUUCAUGUGGAUUUUUGAUCAUUGGUCCGUCGGCAAGCAGACACCGACAGCCAAGUGGCUUCUCAAGGCUUCUUGGACCGGCCUUGUGAUACUUGCUGGAACUUUUCUCAUGGUCGGCGGCACACGCAAGAAGACGCGAUGCUCUGGUGAACGACCAAUCUGCGCCUUUUGUGCCCGGCUCCAACAAGACUGCCAUUAUGAUGACAGUUGGCUCGCCUCAGUACAAGCAUCAGACCCCGAGGCCGAACUACCGCCGAGGCCAAUAGCACCUGCUGGUGCCAAUGUGGACACUACCAUGGCUGCCAGAAUUGCCACGAUUGAGUCACAACUAAACAUGCUUGAAUAUUCGGGUGCCCUCUCUUCUUCCAUUGGCAACUCAGAUAUAUCCCAGCCACUUCUGGGUGGACUAGUUUCGGGCCUAUCAAACCCGACUUCACCGGCCUCUCAAGAUCAAGGUACCUUCAACAGCCUCCCAGAAUCGGAAAUUGUCAAGUCUCUUGUUGAAACCUACUUUGUUUUCUGCCAUUGCCAACCUUAUUGCUAUUUCCACGAGGAAAGCUUCCGUCGCCGGCUUACCGACAACACGCUGCCCACAUGGCUGCUUCUGGCUGUAAUUGCCACAGCCUCAGAGUUUUCAGAUGAACCGUUUUUCAAUGGAGAGCAGACACGGGCCGCCGACUGCUAUGCCUCUAUUGCAUGGAAGGACAUCUCCAAUAGAAUGUUUCAAGAGGAUGAUUUCAUGGACUUGAAUGCGGUGCAAGCGACCAACUUGCUCUCGGUGAUUGACUUUAGUGCGGGACGGUAUAAACAAGCAUGGGUCAAAAUUGGCCUUGCUGUCCGUUUCGCCGAAGCCUUGGACCUGCUCUCAGAACCAGAUCAUAGCCUCCCCAUUUGGCAGCAAGAGGAACAUCGGAGGACUUUUUGGUCCGUAUACCUCCUCGACAGAAUCGUCUCCUGCAGUCCGGAGCGCACGCCGACUAUCCAAGACGCAGACUGCAUUCUAGGUCUCCCUAUAGAUCCCGUCGGCUCCGCAGGUAGUUCCCCCGCUAAUGACCGUACAACGCUUGCGCGGUUGGUUGAUCAGCUCGAUGACAUGAGCAAAGUGGGAAACUCUGGAUUUCUAUGUCUUAUCGCCUCUACCCUUGGAAGGAUCCAGAGGUACAGCUUGCGACGGUCAGUGCCUGCGGGCUCAUACCUUCCCUGGAACUCUCAGAGCGAGUUCGCGUCCAUCUACAGCACUCUUUUGAUGUUUGAGUCGUACUCUCCGGCAUCUCUCACAUAUUUCGACUUUGCUCUUGAACUAGAGAGCCUGAAGAUGGGGCAAGAGCAUAGCAGCCGCUCCGAGUUGGGCAUACUCGCGUCCUCUCAUGCUUUGUACUACCUUUGCCAAUGCCUCCUGCAUCACCCUUUUCUGUUCCGCCAUCGCCUACAAUCCGUCAAAGCGCCGAUACCACCAAGUUUUCUUGAAGACAUACUGCGGAGGAGUCGCAAGAAUGCAACCAGCCUGACUCUCUUGCUGCAUUCUCUUCUAAAGAGGCGUCUCUGCCUUGCGAGUUCCAUUGGAUACUGUGCAGUCGUUGCUGGGGUUAUCCACCGCAUCUUUGAACUUGACGAGGACCCAUCUGUUCAAGAAUCUGCACGAGAAUCUUAUAAGCUGUCAUUGGAGUUUUUGCAAAAAGCCCCAGUUCGCUGGCGGCAUUACCCGCGCAUGGCACAAGCACUCGCAAGCUUCAACCCAGACCCGACAGCUACAAGUGCCAUGAUAAAUCCAUCAUUGUGUACAAGUCUUGCACCUCAUCCGGAUGCGCAGGAAGUGUGGAAGCUACUGGACUAUGGCAAGUUGUCUCAACAUGCGAGAGAACCGACAAUCCCGCAGCAGGAUAUUGCGCCGUCUGGAGAUAUCGGCCUCCACGACUGGACACAGGUUUUAGAAACAUCAGCAGAUUGGAUAGAAUGA